AUGGAUCUGUCGAACAAUCGGUUCGACAGUGCUAUCCCAACUGGAGUUGUAAAUCUCAAGGAUCUCACUCAUUUUUCCUUAUCGAAUAAUCGAAUCACUGGUCCGAUUCCCGAGUCAUUUGGCGAGCUGUUGAAUUUGGAGUUCUUGGACUUGUCAAGAAAUAAUCUGUCUGGAGAGAUUCCCAAGUCCCUGGAGAAACCCCGUUAUCUCAAAUAUUUCAAUGUCUCUUUCAAUGGUCUUGAAGGUAAAAUUCCCGAGGGAGGAUCAUUUGGAAAUUAUUCGACCGAAUCGUUUAAGGGGAUCGAAGGAUUGUGUGGUGCACCUCGACUUCAUGUUCGGAGCUGCAAAACUAAACCCCUUAGGAAUUCCAAGGCAAGAACUAAGCUCAUACUAUAUGUAGCAUUGCCAAUUGCUUCUACACUACUUGUACCUUUAGGAACCUGGAAACGAAUUUCAUACCACGAGCUUCAUCGAGCUACUGAUGGAUUCAGUCGAAGCAAAUUACUUGGUAAUGGAAGUUAUGGUUCUGUAUACCACGGGACUCUCUCAUAUGGGAUUACAUUUGCAGUAAAAGUCUUCAAGUUAGAGUUAGAAGGAGCUUUUAAGAGCUUCGACGUCGAAUGCGAAGUUCUCCGCAAUACUCGUCAUCGAAAUUUAAUCAAAAUAAUUAGUAGCUGCUCUAAUGAUCUCGAUUUCAAAGCCUUAGUGCUUGAGUUCAUGCCUAAUGGGAGUCUUGAUAAAUGGUUGUAUUCCAACAACCAUUUUUUGGAUAUCCUACAAAGGUUAAACACAAUGAUAGAUGUUGCAUCUGCUCUGGAGUAUCUCCAUCAUGGUAAUGAAACACCAUUUGUUCACUGCGAUUUGAAACCCUGCAAUAUUCUGUUAGAUGAAGAUAUGGUUGCACAUUUGAGUGAUUUCGGAAUUGCAAAACUCUUAUGCAACGAGGACUCGAUGAUUCAAACCAUUACGAUGGCAACGGUUGGGUAUAUGGCACCAGACUAUGGAAUAGAUGGAAUUGUUUCGACAAAAGGAGACGUGUAUAGUUUCGGUAUUCUUUUAAUGGAAACUGUCACGAGAAAAAAGCCCACCGAUGAAAUGUUUACCGGAGAAAGAAGCUUGAAGAGUUGGGUAAAAGAGUCGAUAUCAUCUACUCUGCUAAAUCAAGUAGUAGACAUGAAUUUACUUAGCACUAAUGGUAGGGAACACUCAGCAGCCAACAAUUGUACCUUAUCAAUCUUGCAAGUUGCCUUAGAAUGUUCAGCAGAAUCACCAGAUGAGAGGCUUAACACGAAAGAGAUUGUUACGAAGCUAGAGAAGAUCAAAACUAAAUUUUAA